AUGACGUUGCGAGAUAUCAGUGCCAGCUUCGCAAGAGUAAAGAGUUCGCAGAAGAAAGGUGCGCUCAUGAAAAAGUCACUCUUCCAGUGUUAUCGAAGAAACUGGAAAGCAGCGGAUAAUCUUUCAAUCAAACCUCGUCUCUUCAUAGUGCCGACUCCACUCAACGAUGCAUUUAAAGCUAGCGAAAACGAAAAGCUUCAUUUCAGUGUCGUUGCCGAUAUCUUCGAUUCACCAUGGACAAAGAAGUUCAAAGUUCAAGACGAUAAACGGCCACCGCUUUCAAAAUAUGUGGAAGCCUUGGGAUUAGUACUGUUCAACCAGUUUGUGACAGCAGUGAUCGUUUCGGCUCUGUUCCACUACCCCAUGAAAUUUACAGGUGCAUCCUUUGACAAAAAGCUUCCAGAUGUCACUACUGUGUUAGCACAGAUAGUGUUUUGCGUUUUCAUUGAAGAAAUUGGUUUUUAUUAUUCCCACAGGUUGGUUUAA